UCCGGUUCCCGCUGCUCCGGUUCCCGCUGCUCCGGUUCCCGCUGCUCCUUACGGUUCCCGCACAGGACGGGCAGCAGCGAUGGGCUCCGGGCACCGCCGCUUGCUCCUGUCCGCGCUGCUGCCGCUGCUGCUCCCCGAGGCGUGGGGUGACUGCGGACCGUUGCCAACCCUAAACCACGCAGAGCCUCCGGAAGACACUAAACACCAGGAAAGCUUCAGCGAGGGCUCCAGGGUGACCUACAGCUGCGUUCAGGGCUACGUGAAGCUCCCCUUGCACUCAGGCACCACCCAGUGCCUGGCAAACUCCCAGUGGUCCAACCUCCCCGAGUUCUGUGGCCGCAGCUGCCCCAGCCCCCUCCAUGUGCCCUUUGCCAGAAUCUCACAGGAGGAUGAAGUGCAGAACUUCUACCCCGUGGGUACCAGCGUGACCUACGUUUGUCGCAGAGGCUACGAGAACACCACAGCUCAGCUCCCCACCAGCACUUGUCUGGACAACUUAACGUGGUCAGAAGUUCCUCAGCUGUGUGAGAGGCAGUCUUGUGGUGUUCCAGCAAAUCCCCAGCAUGGCAAAGUCCUUGCAAAGGAUCAUCUGUUCAGUGCAAAAGCAGAGGUAGUUUGUAACCCUGGGUACACAUUAAAGGGACUUUCCCCUUUUGUCUGGUGCUCCCUAAGGGGAGAUGGAGUUGCCUGGAGUGAACUUCCCACCUGUUGGGCUAUUUCUUGCCCUCCACCUCCAUUUGUUGCCAAUGGGAAUCACAAUGGCAGCAGCUUGAAGGAGUUCACCUACAAUGUAGUGGUGAUGUACACCUGUGAGCCUGGCUUCCAGCUUGUGGGGCGCGGAACCCUUCGCUGUGCCAUGGAGAACAGCCCCGAUGGCUCCUGGAGUGGGUCUGCUCCUGAAUGCAGAGUCAGCACCACAGCAGCCACAGACCAAACCAAGCCCCCAGAAGAGAAGAUUGCAGAGAAUCCUUCUUGGCUAGCAAGUGUCCUCAUCCCCUGCUGCACUGUUCCCCCAAUAGCCUUUGGACUUGUAGCUGGGAUCAUCCUGAGAAAAAAAGGCAAUAAAACCCACUCUUACAAUAUGCAUUUACAUCAGGAGAAGAAUGGAAUGGAUCCACCAAUGCACCCAAGGGGGGUGGAUGCUGAGAAGCAGUCUCAUUUUAGCCCCACCACGACUUGCCACGUCUGGUCCACGCAUCAACAGGAGCUGCACACUUCCCUGGCUCCUCAUGCCCAGCCUGGGGACCAGGGCUGUGCCACCUGUGAGCAGUGGCUGAGUGCCCAGCCUGGCUCACCAUGCAUCUACUCAGUCCUCAGCAUUGGUGACAGCGAGAACUGGAGUCCCACAGGCACAAGCAUUCCUGCCAAAGCUGCAGAUGUGAUGAGGGAUGAGGACACAGGAGAAGCUGUUCCAGAACAUGAAGCAGAGCAGCCCAUGGCCCAUGGCAGCAGCCACCACACCUGUCCCAUCUGUGAAAGCUGGCUGCGUGCCCACCUUGCCCAGCCUGGCAGCUAUCCUCUGGUGCCCAGGGAGCAGCCAGGGCAGCCCCAGCAGCAGGACCAGGGCCCACAGGGUCCCAUCUGCUCUCCCUGCACUGACCAACUGCACCUCUCCCACGUCCACAGCAGCACUGCCAGCAGCCCUGUGUGUCCCCUGGUCAGAGAGGGGACCUUAGGCCACCUUGUCACCCGCUUCACCCCCAGCUGCCAUCUCUGCCCCAUCUGUAAAGUGGCCACCCACACCCACCUGUGUGAGGCACCUGAGGGGAAACUGAAGCAGCAGGAAGGUGUUGGAGAGCAGAGAGAGCUGCCACACUAAGUCUUGAUGUAGUCAGGAGCGAAGUUCUAAGUGCAAUAAGGCAACCUGAGGUCAAGUGGCUGACUUCACCAUCAAGAGCUUCACAGUAAAGAAGCAGGAAGUUCAAUCCGAGUCACAUCCAGCUCUACCUAGCUUCAAGGCCUCCUUUUUAGUCUGUUUUUAGUAUGAAGAAGCUACUUUUGCUUACAAGUGAGGCUUUAAAAUGACAGAGUGGUAGAAUCCUUCUGGUUGUGCAAAAAGCCCUCUAAGAUCAGCCAGUCCAACCAGCAAGCCAACACCACCAUGGCCACUAAACCAUGUCCCCAAGUGCCAUGACCAAAGGUUUCUUGAACCCCUCCAGGGAUGGAGACUCCACCACCUCCCUGGGCAGCCUCUUCUCAAUGCCACUGAACAUUUCUCUCCCCCAGGAAAAUGAUUCCUCUGUCUUUUUUUGCACAGUCCUGCAAGAUUUCCUCUUCUGUUUGUUUGGGUUCUUAUUCCCUGAGGUUCCUUCCCUAGGGUGCAGC